CUUCAAAUAAAUUGGUUUGAUAUACAACAGAAAAAUAGCAUUUUAGUGUUUAAAAAUGGUGCGAUUUUACAGAUGGUCCAAGGGUCUAGUAAUGAAUCGACCUCCGGAUUUAAAGCAGUGUCCGUUAGUGGUUUCAAAAUCAAUCAAGUAAUGAAUCGACCUCCGGAUUUAAAGCA